UCUUUAGAAGGGUGAAAUGCUCAACUCAUAGUACAACAAGCAUUAAUAUAAAGUGUAAAUUUUGUGAUUCAUAUGAAACAGAGCUUCGAAUAUAUAUAAAAUCCGAAAAUAUGAAAACACAUUUAGAAGACGAACAUAACGUUACGGAAAGUGAAUGGGAACGUCUUCGAAGCUGGCGAGACACGAACCUCGAGAAUUAUUAUGACCUGACUGAGGAACAAGGAUCGAUAAAAAGAACAAAAUCGUGUAAGAAAUGUGAACAUCAUGAGUUUGAACGUAGUAAUCUAUGCAUUAUGCUAAAUCAUAUUAUCCAAGUUCAUCAAUCCGACAUUGCCUCCGGAUCCGAUUCACCUUCGGAUAAAAAUAAACUACAUUUACCUUUGGAUAUACUACCAAAAGGAUUAAUUCCAUCGAAUGAUCUUGUAGAUCCUGUAGAUCCUGUAAAUCCUGUAAAUCCUGUAGAUCCUGUAAAUCCUGUAGAUCCUGUAAAUCCUGUAAAUCCUGAUGUUGCAUCGAGCAGCAAUCCAGGGACAUCGAGCAGCAAUCCAGGGAUAUCGAGCAGCAAUCUAGAGCCAUCAGAAUCUGGCCAAUCUGAACUGAUGCAAGAACUUGACAGUUUGGAUAAUUAUAUUUGGCAAAUAGAAGAUGUAGAUGCUGCAUCGACCGUGAAUCCACAGUCACCAACAUCUGACCUUUCUGAUAGCAGCCUUCCAGAACGUGCCAGUAAACGCCGUAAAAUCAGUCAUAAUACAAAAGGUGACGAAGAUAAUUAGUGAUAUUGCACGAAGCAACACCAUAACAUCGCUUCAACGUCUACACACACAAGUUCGGUCUCUAGAUUUGAUUUCUGAUACUUUGUAUCAUUACAUUGUAAUCGAGACACU